GUCAAACCAGCAGCAUUGUAGAGGUUAAGGCAGGCGGUGUAACACAACACACAAGACGUAAACUUUUUUAUUGUGUGGACCCACCUCCAAUCAAUGAAAAAGUGCCCCCAAAGGUCCCAAAAACUGACCACCUGCUCUCCCCCGCAAAGUCCCAUCGUUGCAGUGUGCUCAGGUGGUGCGUGAGGAAAAAAAUCAGCUUGUGGGGGUGUUCUGCAGCUCACGAGAUGAACAGUGAUUUAUUCCAUGAAUAUGCCAACGAAUCUGAGUUAAUCAGCGAAUUUAGGAAAUACAUGCACGAUACGGACAAUGUGGAGAAGGUCACCAACUACCUAUACAAUUCCCUGGUCGACGAUGCAAUUUUAGGUGUUGUCCUGGAAGUGCACUGUGACGUACGGACGGGGAUUACGGAGGCAAUUGAGGGAGAGCCCGAGGAUACGAAACCCUACGCUUUAAUCGACUUACCGGAUAUUGAUGUCUUCGGUGCGGCCAAUGCUAAGAAAGCUAUUGAUUGUACAUGCCCCAACUGUGAUAGAUCUGUAGCAGCCUCCAGGUUUGCACCCCAUCUCGAGAAAUGCAUGGGAAUGGGGAGGAAUUCCUCGAGGAUUGCCAGUCGACGGAUAGCCAGCACCCGCGGAACGAGUGAACAGCUCUUCGGCACUGGCAUUAGUGACGAUGAAGAUGAUGCAGACUGGUCAGGUGAGAAGAGAAAGAAGAAAUUCCAGCCCGUCCGAACUAAUGGCACAAAAAAGAACGGAAAGACUUCUUGAAAGUAGGAGAAAUCUUCGAAUUUUUGUUUUAAGCUGUCCAAGGAGAUUUUUAUUUAGUUUAAUUCUUCUCUCAGGUAUGACAAAAAAGUUUAUUUAAAAAUUCCACCCUCCUUUCCCUUAGGGAUGACUCCCUCCGCUCAAAAGAUCAUACAUUUUCAUGCCAAGAUUUCUUUCUAGAUCGCCCAACAUUCGCCAAGAGAUCAUCUUAUCAGUUGCUUCCUUCAUGUUUAUUUCUCUUUCUAAUCAAUCCCAUCAAUCCAUAAAUCCAAAUUGUACAUAAAUAGGACUACUUUGAGAGCUUUAUUUUACUCAAAAGAAAGAAAAAUCUACAUAUUAUUACCUAUCUAUAUAAUAUUAUUGUGUGAGAAAGAAAAUUGUAUAGUUGAUCGCCUCUUUUUCGUAAUAUCACUUUAGAGAAUAUUAAUGUGAGACCAUAGAUUUAUUUAGAGAGAAAGAAGAGAGAGAGAGAAAAAAAUGGAUAUCCAAAAAUUUAAAUUUCUUGAGAAUCAUUGACGAAAACUCUGUGAAAGUUUUUAAUUAAUUGUAUGAUAUAUUUUUUACUGCUGACUUUACCACAAAAUUCACAAAUUUCUGUUUUUUUUUAAUGUAAACCUCUCAUGAAAAGCCAAAUCUGUUGACAAUAGAAAUUUGUUGGAUAUCUCACACGCAAUAGAAUGACUAAUUUCUUCAGCAAUGCCACUCAAAAGUAUACUUUUUUUUAUACAUUUUAUCCAUCUCACAAGUCUUUGCGAAGAAAUUUCUCAUCUCUAUUCGCUCAUCUUCAAGAUUUUAUUUUUCUCCAUUCAAAAGGAAUUUUUUUUUAUACAAAAACAAAAAAAAAAAGUGUUAGAAAAAAAUAUUAUCAGUAUAUUGUAUAAGUUUUAAUUAAUCUAUUAUAUACACAUAGUUCUAUUGCUAUGGAAAACAUUCAAUCAUUUCACAUAAAAAUACAUACAUAUACGGUCUGCCCUGCAGAUAAUGCAUAAAUAAAAGAAAGAAACAUAUAAGAAAUCUUUAAAAGAUUUUUUGAUUCCUCAAAAUUCAAAAUUUGAUGUAAAAAAAAUUAUGAUAUUUCCCUCAACAGUAUCCCAUUAUCGCAUACAUAUAAUGUUUAUUAAAUCCUACUACAUAGAAAAACACAGGAUUUACUAAAUUAAUGCAAAAUGGUGUUUAUGAUGUUAUAUAGUGUGAAGAAAAAAAUAUAAUAAUCAGUGUGUAAAAGAUAUAUAAAAAAAAAAUUCAAUGGCAAUUUUCAAACACGGUGUCUAAUCAAAUAUUUCGAGAAAAGAAUAGACUUAAAAGUUAUCAAAAUAAAUUUAAAAAAAAAAUAGCGCAAAUAGAGCGAAGAUGGAUGACUGUUGUAGAGAAGCCAAAUAAAAAGAGGAAUUCUGGUGUCUAGAAUACUGAUUGAAAGAUGGGAAAAAAAUUGUAAAAUACAAGAGAAAAAUUCUUGAGAAAAUUAAACUGCACACACCGUGGGUUAGUCCAGGUGUCUCAUAUUAUACUUA